AUGAACGCAUCGGUCGAAGCGAUCCUCAAUGGCGAAGCUUCCAACACGCCAGAACUUCAACACUCGCAGCAUAUGACUGGGGAAUCCGACGAUGACUCGGCUCAUUCUACACCCUCGGACAUGACUGUAGCUGCUCCAGGCAGUUUAGACGAGUCGUCCGCCACCACGAAGCCGGUCCGUGUUGAGGAGGAGGUACGCAAGAUUCAUUACAUCGACACUCCUACUCAGGGCCCUCCGCCACGAUCCGCGCCAUCCUCGGCUCUGCCUAAUGAGCAACGCCCACCCAGCACAGCGCCGAUGUCGCCCUUUCGGGUUGCGGAUGGAUCACCUUCACUUGCACCUUCAGCUCCGAACAGCAUCCCACAACCGACAGCAACAGCAACAGCAGCAUCACAAGCCACACAAGCCACACCUUCGGAAACGCCGACAUCAGCUUCCAUCCCUACACUCCCAACCACCAGCACGGCGACCCCGGCUGCCUCUCCAUCCGCACCUUCGGAUCUCCCGUCCGCUGCUCUGCUCGGCAAGGCAUCCGAAAGCGGUGCCGAAGUGCUCCCAUCCCAUCUCGCAUCCACAGCACCAUCUUCCGCAGCAUCCACGCCCGCCUCAACGCCAGGAGCAACUCCUCAGACCUAUGCUCGCAAACGAGGCAGGCCACGAAAGCACCCACUUCCCCAUCCUAACAACCCUGCGCCACCUAAGACUAAGCGCAAACUCAGUACGGAUGCUGCUGCCGCCAAGAACAAGGCAUCCGCAAACGCUGCUGCUCGCUCUGCUGCGUCCAACGCCGCAUCGCUUCUCUCUGUCCCUGAUCUCGGUCGCCUCAUCCCGCAAGGUUCUACAUCCGAGAACGCUCAAAGCUUCAUCCAGAACAACCUUCGUCUCUUUGCCGACCUCUUUGUUGCCCUUCAGAAGCAGGCAAGCACCGACAAUGCAGCGCCUGACGAGGCCAACGCCGAGCUCAAUGGUAUCGCUCAAGCCGGCGCAGGUCAGAUCACCGGUUCGGGAACUCAGCUCCCAACCUCCUCAGACAAGGCUCAAGCAUCGUCCACCGCUGAUGAGCCGAUGCCAUCAACCAGUGAGGCAUCCGCAACCCCAGCCAACCCCUUAACAGACGCUGCUGCGCAUCAAGCUUCUGGCAGUUCGACAGCAGCCUCCGCAACUCCGCUCGGCAAAGUCUCCGGCCCCAGCGAUGCCAUCCGGGACGAGAUCAAGAAAAAGAUGGUAGAGGUCUCCAAAGGUCGAGAAGCCAUCCAAGCAGAGAUGCUUCAGAUGAGAGUUGAUGCCAGCUUCUUCGAAACGGCUCAAAAGACGGUUGACGAGCGCAUUAGCAUCCUGCGCGAACGCAUCGCCAGGAAUUCUGCCAUUCUUGAACGCGAGCGUGAAGCUACUCGCAAGGUCAGGGAAGCUACUCGCAUAGCAAAGAAGGACCGCAAAGCCAGAGAGAAGAGCCUAAAAGACUCGGAGAGGGAGGAGCGUCGCCUUGCUCAGACCUUCAUCCAACUCGAAAAGGAAAUCGCUGCCGAAGAAGAGGAGCGUCGACGACUUGAAGAGAUUGAUUCAGACAACGAGGAUGAUGAGCAAGCGGCUGAAGCCACCGUGCAUGGCGCAGCAAACGCUGAUGCUCGCGCUACAAGCCCCUCGGAGGGCAGCUCUGCAUCCGACAUCGCAACCCCACCCGUCGGUACCGGCACUCCACCACCAGCCGAUCGAUCCAUUGGAUUCAGCGACGAAGAACUCGCCAAAGUCCUCGGCAUCUCGACGAGCGAGCUCGCAGGCUUCAGUCAGACGCUUGAGCUCACCUCAUUGCAGCCUUCUUCUGAUCCCAUCAGCCUAGAAGCCGCAGACCCAAUAGAGCAAUCAGACCCAUCUUCCUCCAUCGCUCACAUUCUUUCUGCUGGGUUGGACAGUAAUGAACAGCCUGCCUCUUAUGCUCCGGAUGCCACAGGCGACAACUUUGACAUCGCUGCCUUCUUGGAGAUGGCUUCUUCGUUCGGCCAAAUGCCUGACGAAUCGACUGCUGCGCAACAACAGCACAGCUCUUAG